AUGGCUUUGGUUUAUGAUGAGAUCGGAGCAGCCGUACAGAAGCGGAUCUCUGGCUCAGCCGCUUCCCCCACCUCCCCGUCCUCCCCGUCCCCGCCGGCGUCCGAUGACCUUGACCGGAAGUUUCAACUCUUGCGCAGCGUGGGUGAGGAGUGUCAGACUGAGCCAGAGCUGCGCGAGCUGCUUGCGAGAAAAAAGGAGUUCAUCCUCUACGAUGGAUUCGAGCCGUCGGGGCGGAUGCACAUUGCACAGGGCCUGUUCAAAGCCAUCAAUGUGAACAAGUGUACAGAAGCCGGCGGCAUUUUCAAGUUUUAUGUUGCCGAUUGGUUUGGCCUGAUGAAUGACAAGAUGGGUGGAGACCUGAAGAAGAUACAGGACACAGGCAUGUACUUCGUACAUGUUUGGAAAUCCUGCGGCAUGAAGAUGGAGAAUGUUCGCUUCGUCUGGACCUCGCAGUUCAUCGAAGAGAAUGCCACCGAGUAUUGGACGAAGAUGUUGGACAUCAGUCGGGUCACCUCGUUGGUUCGCGUCAAGAGGUGUUGCACCAUUAUGGGCCGCGAAGAAGGAAACCUCACUGCAGCGCAGAUCCUAUACCCGCUGAUGCAGUGCACAGACAUCUUCCUGCUUCGGGCCGACAUCUGCCAACUGGGUUUGGACCAGCGUAAGGUGAACAUGCAGGCCCGCGAGUAUUGCAGUUCCGUUGGCAUCAAGCACAAGCCGAUCAUCCUGUCGCACCACAUGAUGAUGGGCUUGAAGGCGGGACAAGCCAAGAUGUCCAAAAGCGACCCGGACUCCGCGGUCUUCAUGGAGGACACUCCGGAGGAUGUCCGCCGGAAGAUCAGCAACGCGGCCUGCCCGCGCAAAAAGGAGCUGAGGACAUCGAAGCAGAGCGAGUUAACAGGCGAGGUCGACGGGGACGGUGAUGGCAUGGUCCUGAACAACCCGGUGAUCGACUACAUCCGUUACCUGGUCCUGGAGAAUGCCAAGGGCCGAGGGACCAUCUCGGUUGAUGGUCAUACUUACGACGAGGCCGACAGCUUGGAAAGUGACUUUGUGGCAGGGAGGAUUUCGGAGAAGGGCCUUAAAGAGGCCUGCAUCGAGAAGCUGAACGGCAUCAUGGAGGGCUGCCGCCAGCACUUUGCAAAGGACAAGGAGGCCUCGGACCUGGUGGCUUUGGUGGAGCAGCACAAGCUCUCCGUCCAGAAGGAGAAGGACCAGGACCAGGUGCAGAAAACGCCGCUCCGCAGCCUCCGCAUCGCAGAGGAAGGUGGAGAAAGCCUGGGCGUGGUCUUCGCUCCACGGCCCGGCGAUCUGGGCGUCACGGCGGAGGCGGUGCUGGCGACGCUCUCGCGCUUGGUCCGGGCCAAGCAGGGCAGGCAUGCGAAGCUGGUGCUCUGGUGCGAGGACUGGUCCUGCAUCGCCCUGGACAAGAUGCAAGGCGACCUCAAGGCCAUUGGCGCCUACUACGGCAUUCUGGCAGAUGCCGUGAAAGCUUUGGCGAAGCAAGCGCAGGUCGAGUUCGAGGUGAAGGUCCAGUCAGCGGAGAUCCUGCGCGAUCCGAACAUGUACUGGAUCAGCGUCAUCGAUGCGGGGCGACGGAAGCGGAAGGGAAAGAUGCGGGGCGACGAGGAGCCGGUGAUCGGCCUCGAGGAGGUGGCUGGGCACUUGCCCGAAGGCGAAGCCUUGACUGAGAGCGGGCAAGUCGUCGCCACGCUGAUGCACUUGGCGGAUGUCGUGGCGCUCUGCCGGGGACAAGCAAGCGCCGCCAUCUACGCGGACAGCUGCAUGCACAAGGUCCACCAGCUGGCCAAGAGCUACCUGGAGGAGAGCUUCGGCGGCAGCACCUCGCACGCCGGCGAGGUCUGCAUCCCCAACAUCGACAUAGCGAAAGCACGGCCUCCCAGUUUGUCUCUGAUCUUGGGCGAGGGCGAAAGCAUCUGGAACAGCAAAAUGAAGAAGAGCUAUUGUUUGGAAGGAGAUGUGGAAAACAAUCCAUUAAUGGACCUGCUCUGCCUUCUCCUGAAAUGCGAGCUGCUCGACACCGGAGCAAAGCCUUUGCUUGAAGUGCGGCAGAAAGCGGAGCACGGGGGAGCCGGGACCCGAGCCAAGCGCACGUGUCGUGGAAGGCUCUCUCUCUCUCUCUGUUAA